AUGCCACCGCCGACGCGCGUCUGUGUGCGUUGUAAGUCCACAAAGUCCAAGUGCGUCAACUUCGACCCGGGCCAAUGGCCCGACGGCCCCAUCGCCCGCAAGUGCGACCGCUGUGCCCGGCUCGGCUUUGACUGCGUGCCCGCGCCGUCGGCCGUCCCCAAGCCGAGGGCGCCGCGCAAGGCCAAGACCGCAGCCGGGGGCGGACUCCUCCUCAAUGUCGCCCCGAGUCCACUCGUGACUCGCGCGCUGCAGCAGAUCCCCGGCACCACAACCUCCUCCGCGACAGAGACCCUCUCGUACGUCCUCUCGCCGGGCGCAUCGCCGCUCGCGGCUCGGCGCGCGCCGCCCCGCGAUGGCCGUAUGCCCGUGGCGGCGAUGCCCACCGCUCUGCUUUGGGGCGACGAACACCCUUCCCCUCCCUUGCUGCUCUUUGCGCAGGUGCGCGUGCGGCGCGACGGCGUGGCCAGCUUCCACGCCAACGAGGCUCCCAGUGUGGUAUCCCAGUGUGGCGCGCUCCUCAUCCUGCACGGCGGGCGCUACUUCGUCGGGCUCGUCGAGCUCUCCGCCGCCGCCUACCCGCCCGCCUCCUCCCUCGCCUCCCUCCCCUCCGCCUCCGACCCGCCCCCGACGCCAGGCCCGACGCCAGGCCCAGAGCCAGGCCCGCGCGACUCCGCCCUCUCGGAGUUAGCCUUGUCUCGCCUCACUGCGAUGACUCAAGAGUACUCGCAGCGGCGAGGCCACUGCGAGGUCGCGACAGGCAUCGCAGGCAGAGAGAGCCUCGCCGGCCCGUUUGCGAACGACCUGAACGACGAGGCGCUCACCUCCGCCUCCGCCUCCGCCUCCGCCUUCGCCUUCGCCUCCGCCUCCCUCGACAGCGGCGUGAGCCCCGCCAAGCGGUUCUGCCUGCCAAACGGUGCUGCUCUCACACCCAGCAAAGCCGCGGGGGUGCACACGCGAGCACGAGGCUCGGACACGGGCGACGAGGGAGAGAGGGGGGAGGAGCCGGACCUGCAGCUGGACCUGCAGCCGGGCUCAACCGAGCCGGACUGUGUGCUCGACGAGAUAGCGGCGCUGUGGUUUGACCUGGGCGAGCAGAUCCCGGGAGGGGAGGAGGGGGAUCGCCGCGCCUCGAGGCUCUCGGCGCGUCCGCUCAGCGCAGACGACAUCAUCACCCGCGUCAGCACAGACGACAUCGACGCCCACCCCGCGGGAGGCGAGGGAGGGUGGGCAGGCCCUUUCGAGCCGCCCGCCUGGCGCGUCCAAGACUUGCUCGAUGCCGCGGCCGCGGCACUGGCCGAGGAGAGCGGGGCGGGCUCAGCGGAGGGGGCGGGCGGGAGAGGGGGCUGGGCGGCCUUUCUGCGCGAUCCGUCGUCGUGGGCGACGGAGAUGCGCGGGCUGGUGAAGCGGCUCUCGGACCCGCUGGUUGGCGGCUCGCAGGGUUCACGAGGCUGGGCAGCAUUCAGCGGAGUUUAG